AUCGCACCGCGCAUUAAAAUAUACCGAGCCGCUUGAGCCAAUCAGUGAGCGGAGAGGGCGUGGCUAGGCGGUGUUUCCCGAGCCGUCUGAUGAUAACUUGUCGGCGUGUGAAUGUGCGGCUCAGUCGGCCGUGUGGUCGUGUGUCCUGCACUGGAGCUUCAUCUGCUGGAUUACACCACAUUUAUCACCACACUCGUUUUAUCUCUGUUCUUGGUGCUUCUGCUCUCGCGUUGUGAAUGAGUUAUACACGGGAAGUGUUUUCAUACCGUAGUCUAGUGUUUCAUUCUUUGUGAGCCCAUGGCACAGGAGAUUCCUGCCUCGGUUUGCUUUUGCUCAUGAUGUGAUGAAACUGCGGGAAUGCACUUAUUUAUCUCAGUGAUCAACUGCAUGUCAGCACGACUUUACCUGUAAGAGAGUGUUGAACUGGGAGAGAUCGGACGUUGUCUCUGGCUUGUCGGACUGGGAACUGGUCGUAAAUGGAUCGCCAUUCCAGUUUUGUUUCACUUUGGCUUCAGCUGGAACUCUGUGCCAUGGCCGUGCUCCUGACUAAAGGAGAGAUCAGAUGCUACUGCGAUGCUCCGCAAUGUGUUGCCACGGGAUACAUGUGCAAAUCAGAGCUUAACGCCUGUUUUACCAAGGCCUUGGACCCGUUUAAUACAAACUCCCCAUUAACACAUGGAUGUCUAGACCCACUCUUAAACUCUGUGGAUGUGUGCACUCAGAAGAACUCGGACGUUUCAAACAAAGGCCCUUCUCCUAUUGAGUGCUGUCAUGAUGAUAUGUGCAACUACCGGGGUUUACCCAGUAUUGUUCACACCCGAAGUGACCCCACAGAUCGCUAUCAGUCAGAGGGCUCGAACCAGAACUUGAUCACACGAGUGCAAGAGUUAGCCUCAGCAAAAGAGGUGUGGUUCAGAGCAGCUGUGAUCGCUGUGCCCAUCGCUGGAGGCCUGAUCCUGGUGCUGCUCAUCAUGUUGGCUCUCCGCAUGCUACGCAGUGAGAACAAGCGACUUCGGGUUCAGAGACAGCAGAUGCUCUCGCGCUUGCACUACAGCUUCCAUGGGCAUAACCAUGCCAAAAAAGGCCACAUGGCAAAGCUGGACCUGGAGUGUAUGGUGCCUGUGACUGGCCAUGAGAACUGCUGUGCAGGCUGCGAUAAACUCAGACAAGCCGAACUGAGCACACAAGGAGGCGAACGCUUCCUCUCUCUUGUGCACUGGGGCAUGUACACAGGCCACGGCAAACUGGAGUUUGUAUGACCAGUGACUACUUCUCUGUGUGACUACUUGCUCGCUGGUAUUUGGGCACCAGAGUGAGGAUGUUCAAUAUGCUUGAACUGUGUAGCAUUUUGUUGAUGUACUAUUAUUAUAAUUAUUUUCCAUUUGCAUUGUAAUUUUAUUAUUUUCUUUGUCAAUGGACAGUGAAAUCAAUAGGCCACAGAUGUUUGCCUUGUCUGUUAUUUUUCGUUUUCUUUGAUGGAGCACUUUACUUGAAUUAGAGCUUGAGAAGGUUGAGUUCCUGAAAUAAGCCUUUCAAGCCCUGUCCUGUGGAUCCUUGACUGACACUGACGACUGAAGGAUUCAUCUUAUUUGCACAUUUGUAUAAAAUUAAGAUGAAAAUACUUUUUUGCAUAAAAAAAAAAAAACACUGACACCAGGGUACAAAUAUGACCGUUUUCAUUUCAGUCAAGUUCUAUAAAUAAAGAUCUCAGUGUUGACUGUAAA